AUGUCUUCCAGUGCUUUAGCGAAACCUCAGAUGCGAGGCCUUCUGGCCAAGCGACUGCGAGUUCAUAUUGUUGGAGCAUUCAUCAUGUCUCUGGGGGUUGCAGCUUUUUAUAAGUUUGCAGUAGCUGAACCACGAAAGAAGGCAUAUGCAGAUUUCUACAGAAAUUAUGAUUCCAUGAAGGAUUUUGAGGAAAUGAGGAAAGCUGGUGUUUUUCAGAGUGCAAAAUGA